UAGAACAGCUCAUUUUCAUUCUUCAGUUCUGCUUUUAUUCAGAGGCACUCUGCAGAUCGUGUCAGCGCUGCGUACAAGUGGGAUCAACAUGGUGCCUGUGUGUCCCUCCAUUUCUGUUUUUGAACUGGUUGACAGAUUUGCAUGAAACCUAGUAGAGGAAUUGUACGUUUGGAGAACUCCUCUGUAUUCUACUCUAUAGUUCCACGGUCAUCAGUAACAACUUGGCAGAAGUGCGAACUUAUGACGUGGGAGCAACUUUUAAUUUAUAGCUCCGGAACGAUGUGCGAUAAUUGUCAAGAAACAUACAACUGUUAUUAAGGUGACGGCAUUGUAGAAGUGCGAAAAUAUCGUCAGAUUUCGGUUUGAUGGCAGUGACUACUGACAAUUGCAGCUUGGCACACGAAAUUGUGCACAGCAGAACCGCGCUCCGCAGCCGAUGGUUUCAACGAAUGAUUCGGCGAGGAAUCCAAGUUGAAAAGGAAGACAGAUUACUGGUCGAAGAAACAAAUGAACUGAAGUCGAUCAAAACGAGAGAUGCGCACAAACCACAGUCCACUUGUAUGGGGCUACGCCGUGGUUGCACUUCUCGCCUCUUGUCAGUAUGGAGGGACUUCCCGGGUGCUUAUGGUUACACUGGGAGGCACGAGGAGCCAUAAAAUCCCAUUCCUGGAGCUUGCCCGUGGACUGAUAGCACGUGGUCACAACGUCACGUUUAUAAACGCGUUUCCUCCAGACGCUGAGGUAGUGGGGCUGGAGGAGGUCACCCCGAUGAACCUCGUGUUCUAUGUUCGCAACUACACCGACUGGGACCUGCUGGGAGUUCGGAUGAGCGGCAGCGAACCCGUCCCUCCUGCUGAUGUCCUCCGUUACGCAUAUUACUCGUGUGAUGCAGUACUCUCAGACCCGGAAACACACGUCUUGAUGAACUCUGGGCGCUCCUAUGAUCUUGUCAUAUUGGACGGUGCUUAUCCGGAGUGUGCAGUCGGCCUCGCAUUUCACUUCCGUGCCCCCUUCAUGUACAUCAACACUGUAGCUUUUUACAUGGGGUCUGUGGCACAUGGAGGAGGACCAGUUCCCUUCUCAGUGACGCCAUUCUUCGCUAGACCCUUCAGCGACAACAUGGUGUUUCCGGAUCGAGUCUUGAAUGCCAUAUACCUUACAGGAAUAGAAGUCGUGCAUACGGUGUUCAUAAGAUGGUGUUUGGAGUACUUGAUGAAGGACUAUUUUGGCCCAUUAAUGCCACAUGUCUUUGACAUGGUCAAAAACGUGAGCUUUAUCCUUCAGAACGGCCAUGCAACUGUGACAUAUCCCAGACCGUACCUGCCUAACGUCGCAGAAAUCGCCUGUAUUCAUUGCAGGCCAGCGAAACCUCUGCCGAAGGACCUGGAGCAGUUCGUGUCCGGUGCAGACAUGGGCUUUAUCUACGUCAGCAUGGGCUCAUCCGUGCUGACUGCCAAGAUGCCCGACAUGCUGCGCCAUAUGUUCAUCAGAGCGUUCGAACAACUGCCGUACCGCGUGCUCUGGAAGUGGGAGGCCGGAGAGGGCAGCAUUGCUGAUCUUCCGGAUAACGUGCGCCUUGGUCGCUGGUUGCCGCAGCAGGAUAUCCUGGGUCAUCAUAAGAUCAGAGCCUUCGUGACUCACGGUGGUCUCCUCAGCAUGUUUGAGACAGUGUACCACGCAGUCCCAGUUGUCACCAUGCCUGUGUUCUGUGACCACGACGCUAAUUCAGCCAAGGCAGUGAUAGAUGGCUACGCAUUGAAACUGGAACUCCAGGAGCUCACUGCAGACAAACUGGUGUGGGCCAUCAAUCAGGUCAUCCAUGAUUCAAGGUACCGAGAUGAGGUGAGGAAGCGCUCAAAGCUGCUGCGUGAUCAACCAGAACAUCCACUAAAUCGUGCCAUCUACUGGACAGAAUACGUGCUAAGACACAAAGGUGCAUACCAUCUACAAUCUCCAGCCAAAGAGUACUGUUUUGUGCAGUAUUAUCUGAUAGAUGUUGCCUUGUUCUGCUUGAUAGCUGGUUACAUCUGUGCAAAGUUGUUCAUUAAACUAAACAGCGUCAUGAUCAGACUGAUUGUCAGCCAUAUUACUAAUCAGCAAUCUUCAAAUGAGGAUGGUGUGACAAAAAUGAAAUCUGAAGCCAAUGGAUUCUCCAGUGGUUCAGCAGAGAUAACAUUAAGAAGAAAUGGAAAUAUUGUAUCAAACAGCAAUUCAGUGAGUGUAGAAAGGACUAUCAGUAACGGGGAGAGCCAUAAGAUUGGAGCUUGUCUUACAAAUGGAAUUAAACAGAGAAGGUAGCUUCACGAGGACAGGUUAAACUUUGAACUUCCACUGACUUUGGAUAUCAUAUGUUUUAAUUUGUAUUAUGUGAAGAAUGUAAAACAGGAUAAAUUAUAAUAACACA